GGUGAGCUGUCGACCGGAAAGUGGGAGGACAGGAGUGAGGUGGUGACCUUUGCAGACGUGAGGUUCGGGAUGACCUUACACAGGCUGAAGGAGAGGUCACAGGUCCAGACUCCAGGGGACAUGGAGGAGGAAGACUGCCAGCCCCAGGCUAUCCAGGACCUGCUGGCCAUGGAGAAUGACUUCCCACCCAGGGCACACUGUCUCUGUAGAUGGUUCGGUGUGCGAGGGUUUGUAGUCCUGGCCCCGGGAGGACAGAGUGACUCCAUCCAGUCAGAGUCGAAGGCAAACCUGCUGCUCAGCUCCAUCACUAUAGCUGUCAACAACACCGGGUGGUGAGGAGUCAUACAUGUA